AUGAAAAAGUUCUUGAAUUUCGAUUUGCAAAGGUCGAGUUAUGCAAAUCCAGUGUUGAAGGAAUUCGCUCAAUUGAGUUUGUUGAAGAAGAUCGAGAGUCGAAAGUUAUUGGAGGUGUCAGAAUUGGGGUAGAGAUGCUAUUCGAUUGAGAAGAAGGAUAAUAGGUGGUUGGAAUAGAUUUCUGAUUGUUUUGAGCAUUAUAAGGUUGAAUUAAAGAGAGUGGGAGAUAUGUUAAAGUAAGCAGAAUUCGAGAUGAUGCAGAUUGAGGUAAAAUAGUUGCACUCCUCCAAAUAUAGGAUGAAUUUAUGA